AUGGGCACAGUGCAAGAGCCGUACAAAUACGACGAGAAAGGUGGCGAUACGACAGAGGAGACGCAACUGGAUGCCAGUGUUGGUGAAUAUACUGACUAUCAGGCAUCCCCUGAAGACGAACGUCGACUGCUAUGGAAGUUGGAUCUAUUUAUGAUCCCCACGAUGGGAAUUUGCUACAUGUUACAAUAUAUGGAUAAGCUUGCGCUUAGUCAAGCAACUCUUCUGAAUAUACGAGGCGAUCUCCACCUGGUUGGCCAGGAAUAUACCUGGUGCUCUGCGAUCUUUUAUUUUGGCUAUCUCGCGUGGAGUGGACCCACUUCGUAUCUGAUCAUUCGCCUUCCCCUGGGCAAAUACCUAGCUGUUUCUGUGUUUUUAUGGGGUGGAAUCCUGAUGUGCCAUGCAGCCUGUCAGAACUACGCGGGUCUAGUCACUGCUCGAUUCUUCCUUGGUGUCGGUGAAGCUGCUGUUGCGCCAGGAUUUGGCCUCAUUACUGGAAUGUUCUACAAGAGAGAGGAGCAACCCGCUCGCCAAGCAGCAUGGUUUAUCGCUGGCGCCUCUUGUUCCUGGUACUGGGGGGGGAUCACUUCUGGCUACGCCAUCAUUCUCUUCUUCAUUCUUCCCGAUUCUCCCGCGAAAGCUUCUUUCCUUACUGAGGCCGAGCGGAGAAUUGCUGUACAGCGAACACUAAAGAACAAGACAGGAACUACACAGGUGACAGAAGCAUUCAAAUGGAGUCAAGUUGCCGCUGCUGCGAAAGACCCACAAGCCUGGUGUUUGGUCUUUUACACAUUCUGCGUCAACCUUGCCAAUGGCGGUCUCACCAGCUUCUCUGCAAUCAUUAUCGCAGGCUUUGGCUACUCAAACUUCGAGUCCCUCCUACUUCAGAUGCCUAUGGGUCUUUCCCAACUGGUAUUCCUCAUUAUCACAGCCGCCAUUGCUACAUAUAUACCAUCAUCAAGGAUCAUGGCCAUGAUUCUCAACGUGGUGGUUGCCGUUAUCGGUGUUGUUUUGAUUUACACUCUCGAUGACCUGCACAAAAUUGUCAAGCUAGUUGGCCUGGCUUUCGUUGCCGCAUUCGCUGCUAACAUCCCACUCUGUCUGAGUAUUGUUACCUCUAAUGUCGCUGGAUCUACAAAGCGAAGUACGAUCAGUGUUGCUAUCUUUGCCGCAUAUUGCGUGGGCAAUAUUGUGGGGCCUCAAUUCUUUUACGCUUCGCAAGAGCCAGUAUACUUGAGCGGCAUCCAAGCAUCCCUGUGUGGAUUAGCACUCGGUGUGUUCUUCUUAGGCUGUUUGCUUGCUUACUAUGCCUGGGAGAACAAAAGAAGGGAUCGACAGAAUGGAAUAGUAUCUGAGGAUCUUGAUGCUCAUGAUAUUAUUGAGGAGAUACACGAUAAGACAGACAAGGAGAUACCAACUUUUCGGUACGCUCUAUAA